GCGGAAAUCCGACACUCGGCGCCGGAUACAGUCCUUUGCUCCUUGCAAGAACACCAGACUUCAAGCUAUUUAUACGUAGAUAUAUAUAUUUGAUAAAAAGGAAUUUUUUUAAAAUCUUGCCGAGACAGGAUCGAGUCUCUGUUGCAAAAUCCAGGAGCAGGGGAGCGAGUCCAGCCCGUCCUGCAGAUGAAUCAGAUGCUGCCUAACCCGCUGAGAUCCUCCAGCGCAUUGUGUGUUGCUCCAGAUUCCAGUCUCUUCUCUCUCCAGGCUAACCUGGCGCCCUGCAUCGACCAACGUGAGCUGAGGGACCUGCUCUGACUGGACUCUUGCCCCUCGCCAAGCCGGCCGAGAUGCCACCCCGCCCGUCCUCGGGAGAACUGUGGGGCCUCCACUUGAUGCCUCCACGCAUCCUGGUGGACUGCUGCUUGCCGAACGGGAUGAUCGUCACGCUGGAGUGCUUGCGGGAGGCCACGCUGAUCAGCAUUAAGCAUGAGCUCUUCCGGGAGUCCCGCAAGUAUCCGCUCUUCCACCUCCUGCAGGAUGAGUCCUCGUACAUCUUCGUGGGAGUGACCCAGGAGGCGGAGAGGGAGGAGUUCUACGACGAGACGAGGAGGCUGUGCGACCUGAGGCUCUUCCAGCCACUGCUGAAGGUGAUUGAGCCAGUGGGCAACAGGGAGGAAAAGAUCCUCAACCGCGAGAUAGGGUUCGCCAUUGGGAUGCCCAUCUGCGAGUUUGAGCUGGUGAAGGACUCGGAGGUUCAGGACUUCCGCCGCAACAUUCUGAGCGUGUGCAAGGAAGCGGUGGAGCUGAGGGAUGCCAGCGGGCCCCAGAGCCAGUCGCUCUACGUCUACCCCCCCAACGUGGAAUCGACCCCCGACCUGCCCAAGCACAUCUACAACAAGCUGGAUAAAGGGCGCAUAAUCGUGACGAUCUGGGUGAUCAUCUCCCCCACCAACGACAAGCAGAAGUACACGCUGAAGAUCCCGCACGACUGCAUGCCGGAGCAGGUGAUCGCGGAGGCCAUCCGCAAGAAAACCCGGAGCAUGCACCUUUCCCUGGACCAGCUGAAGCUUUGCGUGCUGGAGUACCAGGGCAAGUACAUCCUGAAGGUGUGCGGCUGUGACGAAUACCUGCUGGAGAAGUACCCCAUCAGUCAGUACAAGUACAUAAGGAGCUGCAUUAUGAUUGGCCGGUUGCCACAUCUGAUGCUGAUGUCGAAGGAGAGCCUUUACAGUCAGUUGCCGGCGAACACGUUCGUGAUGCCUUCGUACGCCCGUCGUAUCUCCACGGCUGCCACCUACAUGAACGGCGAAGUGCCUGCCAAAUCCCUCUGGUCCUUCAACAACCUGCUGAGGAUCAAGAUUCUCUGCGCCACCUAUGUGAAUGUCAACAUCCGAGACAUCGACAAGAUCUACGUGAGGACGGGGAUCUAUCAUGGAGGAGAGCCUCUGUGUGACAACGUCAACACCCAGAGAGUACCCUGCUCCAACCCACGAUGGAACGAGUGGCUUUCCUACGACAUCUACCUCAUCGAUAUCCCGCGAGCCGCCCGUCUCUGCCUGUCCAUCUGCUCCGUCAAGGGGAGGAAAGGAGCUAAAGAGGAACAUUGCCCACUGGCUUGGGGCAACAUCAACCUGUUUGACUACAUGGACAACCUGGUGUCCGGCAAGAUGGCUCUGAACCUGUGGCCUGUGCCCCACGGAUUGGAGGACCUGCUGAACCCCAUUGGUGUGACGGGGUCCAAUCCCAACAAGGAAACCCCCUGCCUGGAGUUGGAAUUCAAUUGGUUCAGCAACUCUGUAAAGUUCCCAGAUGCUGCCGAGAUAGAAGAGCAUGCCAACUGGAGCAUGUCCCGGGAGCUGGGCUUCAACUACUGCCUGGUGGGGCUGAGUAACCGGCUAGCGAGGGACAGCAACCUGACCGACGGCGACAUCGAGCAGCUGCGGAAUAUCUACACCCGCGACCCGCUGUCUGAGAUCACUGAGCAGGAGAAGGAUUUCCUAUGGAGGCACAGACAUUACUGUGUCAACAUACCAGAGACGUUACCCAAGUUGCUGUUGUCUGUGAAGUGGAACUCGCGGGACGAGGUUGCUCAGAUGUACUGCCUGCUGAAGGACUGGCCCCUCAUCAAACCGGAGCAGGCCCUCGAGCUGUUGGACUGUAACUUCCCCGACCCCAUGGUGCGAGAGUUCGCCGUCAACUGCCUGGUUAAAGGGCUGACCGAUGACCGUCUCUCCCAGUACCUGAUCCAGCUGGUGCAGGUCCUGAAGUAUGAGCAAUAUCUGGACAACCCCCUGGGCAGGUUUCUGCUGAAGAAAGCCUUGACCAACCAGAGGAUAGGACACUUCUUUUUCUGGCAUCUGAAGUCAGAAAUGCACAACAAGACGGUCAGCCAGCGGUUCGGGCUGCUGCUGGAGUCCUUCUGCCGAGCCUGUGGGAUGUACCUGAAACAUCUGAUCCGACAGGUGGAGGCCAUGGAGAAGCUCAUCAACCUGACAGACAUCCUGAAGCAGGAGAAGAAAGAUGAGACUCAGAAGAUGCAGAUGAAGUUCCUGGUGGAACAGAUGAGUCGGCCCGAUUACAUGGAGGCUCUGCAGGGGUUCAUCUGUCCCCUUAACCCUGUGCACCAGCUGGGCAAUCUGAGGCUGGAGGAGUGUAGGAUCAUGUCCUCGGCCAAGCGACCCCUCUGGUUGAACUGGGAAAACCCAGACAUCAUGUCGGAGCUCCUCUUCACCAACAACGAGAUCAUCUUCAAGAACGGUGAUGAUCUACGACAGGACAUGUUAACGCUACAGAUCAUUCGAAUUAUGGAGAACAUCUGGCAGAACCAGGGGCUGGACCUCAGGAUGCUGCCCUAUGGGUGCCUGUCGAUCGGCGACUGUGUGGGACUGAUAGAGGCCGUGCGGUGUUCACACACAAUCAUGCAGAUCCAGUGUAAAGGUGGGCUGAAGGGUGCCCUGCAGUUCAACAGCCACACCCUGCACCAGUGGCUGAAGGACAAGAACAAGGGCGAGGCUUACGACGCUGCUAUCGAUCUGUUCACACACUCCUGUGCUGGGUACUGCGUUGCCACCUUCAUCCUGGGGAUUGGAGACCGACACAACAGUAACAUCAUGGUGAAGGACGAUGGGCAGCUGUUUCACAUUGACUUUGGCCACUUCCUGGACCACAAGAAGAAAAAGUUCGGCUACAAGCGGGAGCGGGUGCCUUUCGUCCUGACGCAAGACUUCCUGAUUGUCAUCAGUAAGGGUGCUCAGGAGUGCACCAAAACCAAGGAGUUUGAACAGUUUCAGGAGAUGUGCUACAAGGCCUAUCUUGCCAUCCGGCAGCAUGCCAACCUCUUCAUCAACCUCUUCUCCAUGAUGCUGGGCUCAGGGAUGCCAGAGCUACAGUCGUUCGAUGACAUCGCCUACAUCCGCAAGACCCUGGCCCUGGACAAGACCGAGCAGGAGGCUCUGGAGUAUUUCACCAAGCAGAUGAACGACGCCCACCACGGUGGCUGGACAACAAAGAUGGACUGGAUCUUCCACACCAUUCGCCACAUGCCCUGAGUGCGAGGGGGACAUUCGACCAAGGGAGUCGGCGAAGAUGGCUUGUUCUCCAAAGUCAGACGCCCUGCAGGCAAGGGACCAGUCGCUGCUGACUUAAACUAGGGUUACCUUGGGAACCAGAAUCCUCCUUGCCCUGGGGCUGGAUGCAACCAGUCUCUUUCUAUCAUUACAUGUUGAACUUCUUGCACCAGUGAGGAUUUGAACCCUGAAUCUGGUCUGGGUGAGUUUUUUUUUUCUCUUCUCCGCUGUGGCUGGGCACCAGGCAGUGUCCAAGAGGAAGAAGUGGAUUUUGAGACCAUCUAUCGGGUGCUAGUGAGCGUGGAGCACGGUAUGAAAUCCGAAGGAGUCUAAUCAACCUUCUAUUGCACGAAGCAAUUUUCUUUUUGUUUUGAAGCAACGCGAGGCGUUCACCGCCUGAUUUCCUCGUCCCCCACGCACGUGGAACCGGGAAGCAGAGACUGCGAGGGAAGUGUCUCCACUGAAACCUUUUCGAAUUGUGUACGCUGCACCGGGAAGCUUCUCACUUUAGGGAGAAUGGAUCCAACUAGUCAUUGCGGAGGGAUGAGAGGAUUCUUGUGCGUUUUUUACGCUGAGGUGACAAAGGCUUCCACAGAUGGGUUUACAGUUGAACGUGUUGUUGGUUGGGCCCUUUCCUGCAAAGUGGGCCACCAAGAAACUGCAAUGUUCUAAAACCUUGUAAGCAAUGGCGAUGGGGUGUGUAGAUUAUAUGAAGGUCUAUUUAUUGAAGGCAUAAGGUUGACCAUUCUGAUGAUGGUGUUGGUUUUGAUGGCCUCUGUUGGUUUGACUAGCCUAUGGGGUGGUUGGGUUGGCUGGUCUUGCCUCCAUUGACUUGGAUUGUGUUGGGUUGUCAGCUGGACUCGGUUCAGUUGGUGAGGUUGGGUUGGGGUUGAAUUGGCUGUCAAUUAUUGGGUUGGGAUUGGCUGGCCUUGCCUCUAUUGGGUUGGGGUUAACUUGGCUAGGGUUAGGUUGGCCAACGUUGGUUUGUGCUGAAUUGGUGUCUGGCUCCCAUAUUGGCUUGUGCUAGACUGCCCUUGUAAUGGCUUAGACUGCAAUUGGAUUGAUCGUUGAGAGGAACUGGUUGACCCUGGUUGUGGUGAGCUGAGCUGGGUUGGCCAACUAAGUUGAGGUUGGGCAGGGCUGGAAGCAUUGAGUUGGUCAGCCAGUUAAUUGUUUCUAAGGCUGGAACCCCCUCAGUAAUACUAUCUAAUUCUCUCCCUCUGUUUGUUGACGUGGUCGUUCCUUGACACAUCUUUGGAGGAGGAGGGCAGGAAGGUGGAUCAUGUGGUCUCCGCCUGUUCUUUCACAUUACCCUUUUGCACUUUUUUUCGUUUGUGAAUCGGAAGUGGCACCCAUGAAGGAAAAAUGGAGAAAACCAAUCGCCCAGGGAGAUCUCCCUGGCUGCAAAGGUUUAACUAUGGAACAAAGAUACCAAGUAUUGACUGGGAUCUUUGAAGGAAGAAGUCAGGAGGGAACAGUCAUCAAGUCUCCUUCUGGCUGCACUGAGCUCUCGAAUAGAUUUAAUGCAAGUAUCUACAAGUAUUAAAAGCAAAUGCAGAAUUUAUUUGGGGGAGGGGAAUGGGGUUGGGGAAAAUGGAGUGGGAGGGGGUGUUCUCUUGCAAAUAUGAAAGCAUUUCUGAGAAUAUGUUCUCCAUUUGGGGUAUGCAUUAACAAAUGCCCGUUAUUGCAAUCUAACUGUGGUACAGUCUGUGGUACCCCUGCAGUGUGAGAUUUGAAUGAAGACCAGUUUACUUCAGGGGACAACACCCCCAUCUUCUCCAUCCCCUCCGCAUCACUGAAACCCCUCAACCUCGCACCUUCUCAGCUGAUGCCUCUAUGCCCACUUUGAACUGCAGUGGCCAGAAUUGGAUACAGUAGUCCACCUUAGACCUGACUUGUGAUUUGUAAAGGGUUUAUUGUUACAUCAUUGCAUUUAUGCUUUAUUUAUAAAUGCUAAGCAUCCCAAUAUGCUCUCUUUUUUAUAUAUAAACUGCAUCAUUGACUUCAUGAUUUUUAUUUUCAGUUUUUGCCUGAAAGUUGUUUGCUUUAAAUAUUGCUUGAAAUGGAAAUCGCGUAUCGCUCCUUACCCCUCAUUCUGAGCUUGCUGCACUGCUACGAGGCUGUUGACAGUCUUUCAGAUAUCACUGCCCAUUUUGUUUUGCCAUGUGAGUAUACACGAGAGUCUGGUAUAGAACCUGGAAAAACCUGUGCUGGAUUGAUCUGAGCCUUCCCAGCUUCAGAGAGUGCAGAGGAAAAAGUUUGCAUUUAGUAGGAUCUUUUGCUUCUUUGUUGAGUUGGCAACCCCAGUUAGACAAUAUUCUGGGAGGUUUAAUAACUUGGAACCCAACUAGCCAUGCUGUGCUUUUACAGUUGGGCAUGUCAGCUGAUCAACAAUGGCAGCUGCAUUACCUGCAGUCCUCUGUGGCCUAGAAAGCUGUCUAUGCAUCAACAUGUUUGCAAGGUUGAUUCCUGCCCUGGGUUGACAAUGUGAAUUAAAGCACCCCUAAUGUAGUCACUGUUGUAACACUGGUGUUGCAGUUGUGUUGGCAUGGCGAUAGAGGUCCACCAUCAUCAUCCCAAGCCCAGGAGGCAGUGGGGUGUGGGAUUACUGUUGAAUAAUAUCCAGGAGUGGCAGCCCUGUCAGAUUUUUUGCCCUCUUGUUCUUUUCGUUGCCUGGUCUGGAGGUCUUGUAGUUACCUCCUGAACUUCUCCACUGCUCCCUCGCCAAGCAGGGAAGCAAACCUGGAAUCUCCCCAUAUUGAUCCAGUGGAAGUUCUUAAAUAUGUGCCUGGCUCGGUGGAUUUCACUCUCCCCUCUCGAGUCAGAACGUCCCAGUCCCAACGCUGAGGGAGAGUGGCACUGCCUUUUGAAGGAGAUGUUAAACUGAAGGCCUUGCUGCCCCGCCAAGUGGAUGUGAGGCAUAAGAGUUGGCGAGUGCUGUCAGUACUCUGGUUAAUAGUAAUCCCAAAACCAGCAUUGCGAUCUGGUCACUGUCUCAAUGAUGUCUGUGGGAGUUGGUGAGAUUCCCCAUUCACAUUGUAACCAAAAACCAGUUUGGGAACAUCCCAAGCACUCCUGGUUCAAAACAUCCAGUGGGUGUUGGAUCUGCUCACCAUGAGCAAGGAAUUCCACCUGAACUCUAUCUCCUUUUAUGCUUCAGGGGUUAUCAAGCUAACUCCCCUGGGAGCUAGAAGUACUCUUCCUGACCAAUCUUACUUAACUACACACACACACGGUGCAAAAGAGAGAUUCUGCUAGUGUUAGGAGAUAGGCACAUGCAGCAUCCUUGUGUGUGCCAAAAAAACCACUUGCCCCAUUGUGUUUGAUACUUGACGUGUGGACAAGGGUGUUAGUGGAAUUGCUGACCCUUCAUUAAGAGGGAAAAUGGUGAGUGUUACUGAAAGUCAGUCUUCUGCAGGCAAAGUCUUGCCUUUAUGACCAGGAGGAACUUUGUGUGGCCGCUUGUUUCCUGCAGUGUGUUGGGGGUGUUGCAAGUGGGGGUUGCCCAGAGUCUGCCUUCACACAGAUGGUCCAAAAGCAAAGUACUGCAGAUUCUGGAAACCUGAAGCAAAAUACUGGAAGUAAUGAACCAGGCGGCGUCUGUGGACGGAGAAGGAACUGGCGUUUGGGAUUCUGAUGCAAGAUUAACGGGCUGAAAUAUUCAGCAUUUAUUUCUCCACAGGUGCUGACCGAGAGUGGUCACAUCUAUGUUCCCAUCUCUCCCUCAGCCCCCAUUUAUUCCCACCACAAAUGUGAGCUAGAUAUUCAGCUGUGGUAGCUAUCACAGCUGUUUAACCCCAACACAGUACAGUACGUGAUAAUUCUAUUGAGCCUCUGGUGCUGAGGGAGCUUGACUGAGCACAACCCAUGGUGUACCUACCCUGGGAGUGUGUGCGGGACAGUGUAGAGGGAGCUUCACUCUAUAUCUAACCUGUGCCCUGCGAGUGUGUAUGGGAUGGUGUGGAGGGAGCUUCACUCAGUGUCUAACCUGUGCUGUCCCUGCCCUGGGAAUGUGCGACGGGACAGUGUCGAAGAAGCAUAACUGUGUCUAAUCAGUGCCAUCCCUGCCCUGGGAGUGUAUAAAACCCUCACUGGGUUUCUGACUGGGUAAAUUUACUUUGCCCAAUAUUGACUAUCCUCCCUCACUUUGAAGUCAAUUGUUUUUUUAAAAAUAAAAAUCUGCUUGUUCAAAUCUUUGAACAGUAAAUCCAACCCAAGAUGGUCUUUGGUUCCCAUUGAGGAGAAGAGAGAGGAGCCAACCAUCUUGGGUUUAUCACUGUGGUGUUGUGGGUGAAACUUCUGCUGUGAUGCAUAACCCUUGGGAGUGGUUGUGUCCAUUGGGUUGGGAGGUGGGUGCUGGGGGUGCACUGAAGGGAGGGGAGAAGUGCCCAUGGAAUUAUGUUUGUGGUGUUAGUGAUGGGGGUGGAAGGGAUGUUGGUGGGUGAGAGGAAUCAGUCUGCUGGAGUCUUCAGACGUACAACCAGCCACAAAGCUGGAGAUCAUUGACAAUGCAACAUGUGCUCAUUCUGGUCUGGUUUCAGGGUAAGGUGCUUCAGGGUACCCCACCUUUUCUCUGUCUCUCUUGCUGUCUCUCGCACUCUCUCUCUCUCUGUCUCGCUGUCUCUCGCUCUCUCCCCCGCUCGCUCUCUUCCGUCUCCUCCUCCUCCCCCUCUCCUCUCCCCCUCCUCCUCCCCCUCCUCCUCCCCCUCUCCUCUCCCCCUCCUCUCCCCUCCCCUCCCCGCUCCUCUCUCCCCCUCCCCCUCUCCCCUACCCCUCUCCCCCCAGCUCUCUCUCUUUCUCUCCACCUCUAUCUCUCCCCAUCUCUCUUUCCCUCCCUCUCUCUCUCUCUCUCUCUCUCUCUCUCUCUCUCUCUCUC